AUGAUUCUUCCAUCUUUUUCCUUGCUUCUUGUUACCAGAUCCUCCUUGACAGGAAACCGUGUUGUUGGCUUAGAGUUGAAACAGCCCAUUUACAGAGGUCUUGAUAAAUGGUUUCCAGUUGAAUUAACAGUUCCUGGAAUUUGUCCCAAAGAUGAUGGUGAUCUCGGUUUUGAGCAAGAGUUUAUGAAUCCUUCUUAUAAGCCUGUUGUAGUGACUUUGGAGAGAAAUUUUUGGCUUGAUAUGGUACAGGUUUGGACAGGGUUAAGGGCUGCAUAUAGGCUGUUUUUGGACUGGUGUAUAGUUAAUUCUGAUCUUUCUUUUACAGGGAUGAUAUGCAGAGUAGACAACAUUUUGGACAAAUUUGUGUGUUGUAGCAUGGCUGGAAAUUGGGCAUAUGGUGCAGAUUUGGCAUAA